GGACAAUGCAACGAAGCCCCACAGCGCCCCUCUCUCUCUCUCUCUCCCCUGUACUUAUAUAGUCACCUCUUUCUCAUUCUCACACGGAAAGAGAGAUAAAGAGAAAGGCAAGAGAAGGGAGAUCAUGAUGGCGGAGGAAGGAAGAGGAGCGCCGCACGGUGUGCUAUUAGCAGUGGUGGUAGGAGUGGUGGUGGCAGUGCCGUUCCUCCUUGGCGACGGCGGCGAAGCACUGUUAGAAGCUAUCUCCGAACUCGUAACUCCCGCGGGGCUUCUACUCCUCCCAGUUACUCUCAUACUUGUAAUCAGGUUCUUGUCGUCGGACCGCGGCACCGCCUUCUCCGACAUCUUCUCCUUCGGCUCCCCGGACUCCAUCCACCGCGUCGGCGGGUCUCCUAUCGGCGUCGCGCUCGUCUUGCUCCUCCUCCUCUUCCUCCUCUACAACCGCAUCUCCCUCUUCGGCGGCGACGAUGAGGGCGAGUAACCAACGCUGUAAAAUUACCAUAUUGCCCGCAGUAUAUCCACUGGGAUUAGGGGCUUUCUUGUCAUUUCAGCCAUGCGGCUUCAUGUGUAAGUCUUCGCUUCUCUAUGUCAUGAUGUAGAUUACUGCAUUUGCCAGGGUUUA